AGGUGUGCAAGAGGUGACUUACUCUUCAGGAAGAAAUCAACACAGAAUCUAACAAGAGCCAUGUGGGUCGUCCUGGCUACGUUGUUAGCCCUCUCCAGUGGCGCUCUGUCUCUGGACAAACUCAACAUGUGCAUGGACGGCAAACAUCACAAAGUCAACCCUGGCCCUGAGGGAAAACUUUACCUACAGUGCACUCCAUGGAAAGACAAUGCAUGUUGUACUGCCAACACUAGUGAAGAAGCCCACAAUGAUAACUCCUACUUGUACAACUUCAACUGGAAUCACUGCGGUCUCAUGAGCCCCCAGUGCAAGAAACACUUUAUACAGGACACCUGCUUCUAUGAGUGCUCACCACACCUGGGACCCUGGAUACAAAAAGUGGAUCAGAGCUGGCGUAAGGAGCGUAUUUUGGAUGUGCCUCUGUGUAACGAGGACUGCCACGAAUGGUGGGAAGACUGCAAGAAUGAGUUCACCUGCAAGACUGAUUGGCACAAGGGAUGGGACUGGAGCUCAGGUAUUAACAAAUGCCCUAAAGACAGCAAGUGCAGAAAGUGGAAUGAGAUUUUCCCCACACCAAAGUCCAUGUGUGAACAAAUCUGGUCCAAGUCCUACCUUUACACCGACUACACCAAAACCUCAGGCCGCUGCAUGCAGCUGUGGUUCACAGGGGAAAACCCCAACAAGAAGGUAGCCGAAUACUACCUUAACAAUGCACAGCAACAACAAAGCUUUGCCUUGACAGCGCUACUUAUGAUGGCUUCCACAUCUAUCUCUGUGAUGAUGAUGAUGUACUAA